UGCAGUGGCGAAACGGUUUUUGUUCCUUGCGGACUAAAAAAAGAGGUAUUAUUUUGUGAGAGUGGAUUGUGUGUUGCAUUGUGUCGCGAGCCGGGAAAUGCACCUAUAGAGGGAAAUGCAUCGUUCUGUUUUGAGAUGACGCCUUCCGAGGGUACGGCCCGCUUUUUUAAUUGCAGCGGGAAUUGUUGCAAACAUGCUGGCGAGUACUUCGGCGGCGUGUCGCAUAAUGACAAUUUUUGUGGGUGUAUCGGAAAUAUGUUUCAUGUCAGCACCAGUAGGCCAGUGUUUUUAUUGCUGUCAAAGAGAUGACACCAUCGACAUCCAAUACAAGCUCUUUACAAGGGCAAACAGUAGAACGUUUCAAAUAAUCCCAGUGGGCGACUCUGCAACUCUCCGUAGAAGUAAUCUUGAUACCACGAUCCCCACCGUGAUAUACUUGAUGGGGUUCUCCGAAGCCACAUCAGGGACCAGUACGACCACGCUCAGAAAUGCAUACUUAGCGAAAGGUGAUUACAAUUUCAUAGCAGUGGACUGGUCGCGGCUCAUUGCGUUUCCAUGGUACGUAUCAGCUGUGAGAAACUCGCGGUACAUGGGCAAGCAGUUGGCGAAUUUCGUGCAGUUUCUGGACAGAGAAGGCAUCAGAGCAUCUUCCAUACACGUGAUCGGCUUCUCGUUGGGAGCAGAAGCUGCAGGGUUCGCGGGAAAGGAACUGAGGAGGAGAGGGUUGAGGUUGGGGAGGAUUACAGGCUUAGAUCCUGCCUACCCAGGUUACAAGUUGACCUCCAACGACGGGCACCUAGCCAAGGGCGACGCAAUAUUUGUCGACGUGCUUCAUACGAACCCUGGGGUACUGGGGUUUCCGAAACCCAUCGGUGAUGUGGACUUCUACCCCAACUUCGGGGAAUGGAUCCAGCCAGGCUGUUGGAUAGACGAGCUGAUCGUGAAUAAACAGCUAGAUUAUUUUUAUGGCUGCAGUCACAACCGCGCGUGGAGGUUUUAUGCGGAGUCCAUUGCCAACCCCGCUGGUUUCCCGGCCACUCUCUGCCGAGGGUACAGGGGAGGAUCCUGUAGGUUCACUGUCGACGGAUAUAUGGGUUUCGGAGCUCAGCCGCCAAUGUCCGGCAGGAUGUAUUUACAGACUAAUAGCGUUUCGCCAUAUGCUAGAAAUGGCCCAUAAACAGCACGGACUCUAGAAACGAAACGAAGGCGGAUUAUAUGGGUCUUGCUAAAUCAUUAAGAAAGAAUGGUUGGAAUUAACCUCGAGGUUGCAAUAAGAUGCCCCGUAUGGUGCUUUUCACCAGGUCCCAGUUACAUUCCCGGCCGAGGCAAGAUGAAUAAUUAUAAUAAUUAGAUUGACCAUGAUCUUAGUUAGAUGUUUAGAUUUAAUUGUUGGAAAUUAAUUUAUAAUAUUACAACAUUACUUUUUAAACAAGUUUUAUAAACUUUGUUGCACCUUAA